UGGGCCACUCUUCUGCCACAAAUGGAGGGGACCACAGCACGCCUUCGAAGGGCGGCAGCAGAAAAGAACAGACCGAGUUUCUUCUUUCCUGUGGGCCAGCGACCAUAGAGGGUCGCUCCUCCAUGUUCCUAGAGCGACUGCGGCGGCGCGGAAGACCAGCGCGGCCCCUACUUCCGGCAACGCGAGGGGCGCCCAGCAAGGGAGCGAGGGUGGCGGCUGGCUGUGCGCGAAAAUUCUGAGCUGUGUAGCUCUAGGAAGAGGAACAUUAGUUCAGAAGAAGAAAGUAGACUCUCAAGAAUACAUUUGGCUCUUCAACAUGCGGUUAGGAAAACCUAAGGGAGGUAUUUCUCGGCGCUCAAGCCAAGGAAAAAUCUCUGAGAACCAGCGCAAAACAGGCCGGCAGCAGCAGAAAUGGGGCAUGACCAUUCGGUUUGACUCAAGCUUGAGUAGACUGAGAAGAAGCUUGGAUAAGAAGCCCUAUAAAUGUAGUGAAUGUGAAAAGAGUUUCAGUCAGAGCUCGACUCUUUUUCAACACCAGAAGAUCCAUACUGGAAAGAAAUCCCAUAAAUGUUUUGAUUGUGGGAAAAGUUUCUUUCAGAGUUCUAAUCUCAUUCAGCAUCGACGGGUCCAUACUGGGGAAAAGCCCUAUAAAUGUGAUGAGUGUGGAGAAAGGUUUAAACAGAGCUCAAAUCUCAUUCAGCACCAGAGAAUUCAUACCGGAGAAAAGCCCUAUCAGUGUGAUGAGUGUGGCCGAUGUUUCAGCCAGAGUUCCCACCUUAUUCAGCAUCAGAGAACCCACACAGGGGAGAAGCCCUACCAGUGCAGUGAAUGUGGCAAAUGCUUUAGCCAGAGUUCUCAUCUUAGGCAGCACAUGAAGGUGCACAAAGAAGAGAAGCCUCGCAAAACCCGAGGCAAAAAUAGGAGGGCAAAAACUCAUGUAGUAUCGUCUUGGAAAGCUGGUAUAGGAAGGAAGUCAGUGACUGGUCUCCGCUAAGUAAAGGGCACUGCAUCAGUUCUCUUUAAAAAAGUAAAUAAUAAUAAAAGCUGUCUCUUUUAGAACUGGAGAUAACUUUAUAAUGGAGCACUUAAAUAUUGUAUCCUUUCCUAGCAUGGAGAUGUCGGAGUUUAAUGCCAUUGGACUGAAAGAAAUUACGAGUCCAGCUGUCCUCAUUUCUUUUUUAUGUAACCUAGAGUACAAAGAACUGAAAAUAUGUUUUGAGGGCAUAUAAGAUCCUUGACCUCAUUUGAAAUUUGCUUCGUGCGUCAUUUUGACAAAAACAUCAUGUUUAAUGACACGUGUGUGAAAGAAUUCCGAUGACUACUUGGUUUUAGGACUUUCUGUUGAAGGAGUAAUUAAAAGGGAAAUUAACUCCAUUGGUUUGGGAGUUAUGCAACAGAUGAGAUUUUAUGUUUGUAAAGUUUUGUAGCAUAUUAAUCAGUGGUUUGUAAGUAUGACUCAAGAUUCAACAUACUAAAAUGAAUUCAUGUUCACAGAUUUUUAGUCAACAAGGCCCAUCACUUUAUAUAAGAUUUCUUUUGUUUCUUUCCUUCUGCUUAUGGACAGUUGUUAAUUAAAGGAGUAGAAUUUCCUUGUUUUUCACCGGAUUCUUAGUAAGAGAUACUUUAGAAGUCAAAGUGAAAACUGAAUUAGACUACAAGUAUUUUCCUACUAGUACUGUUCUUUGUGAUGGUUACACUGUGUCACUUGUUUUCCAGAAGUUGGGAUGGAUUUGUGUUGAUCCAUCCCUGGGCCUUUGACUUCUUUUGUCAUUCUCAUGUGCUCGAUAAACUGAGCUAGCAUUUUAGAUCUACAUGAAUAAAUAAUUAAACCAUGUUUUACCAAAAUCUCAACUUGCUGAUUAAAAAUCUACAAUUUACAUACCUUCCUGCCUUCCCCUUUGAGAGCUUUAGGUAACCCUGAUUAUCUUAAAUGUUUGUCAACAGUCAUUUCAUUUAAAUGCCAGUGAAUUGUAGCUUAAUGUGUAGAUUUUGAAAUCUAAAUUAAACUUUUGUGAGUUAUAUGAAUUAUUUACAAAGUCUAGCAAACAUAUUUCUUAGCUUCCAUCAGAACACUGCUAAGCAUCAGACAUUCUGAUCAGGCUUCAGCUCAGAUUUUAAUUUCUAUUGAAUGCUAACAUUCUUCUGAUUUUUUUUUGUAUCUUAUAAUCAUACCAGUUUCUAUUGUAUUAAUGACAGUUAUUCAUAAAAAAAAUUUUUAAUGGAA